AUGUCGGAUUUUCAAGCAGAACCUGAGGCGAACUAUUGGCUAGAUACAGGGGUUGAUGGGAUUACAAACGACUUUCAGACAGAUAUGCACUUGAGUCUUGGUGAUUGGUCGGAAGUAUCGCUUGUCAAUGCGUCAAUGAUGCCGGUCUCUGGAAAUGGGUAUCAGUACGGACAGCAAGCUCAUGAAAGAAGCAUUAACUCUCACUAUUGGGCGUUUGGUCAACAAGAACAUUGUUCCUGGGGGUUGGACAGUGAGCAUGCGAUAUAUGCCUUUGGAGGGGAAAUGUCAUUGCCCAGUGAGGGCUUGACGGCUUCUUUCAAGCCUACAUAUGCAUAUCAAGACCUCAGCUUCCACUCAGACCAAUGGGAUAUGGCAAACGUAGUCAUGCCUCAAUUGGAUGAACACACUUUCCAACAGCAGAGCACGCACUGCAAACCACACACAGAAGAGCCCAAAAAGAAUGCGGCAAACUGCCAAUCACGCUCUGCUCAACCCUCCUCACAACAAUGUAUUGUGAAGCGGCUAGAUGGUGCUAAACUCCAAGACAACAAUGGAAAUCCUGUUGAUGGAAUAGUCAUGCCAUCAUUUAAUGGUGCAGCUGCUUAUAUUGGAUGCUGCAAAGCUACAAUCUCCAAUGCCAUGAAACAUACAGAUCGAAGAAAGGGCAUUGUGUAUGGAUUCUGGAAGAUUGAAGAAUACAACUCAAUCUUAACAGAGAUGACGAGUGAGGCUAUGUCCUCAAAUGAAGAACAGAUCCGCCAAGAAUCUCUGGGCGCAAUACAGCUCUACAAUGGGGCCACAGACUUACAAGAAGGGGGUUCUGUGGGAGAUUGUGCUUAUCAAUACACAUGCAACGAGUCACUUCUUCCAAAUUCCUUAGGAUUGAAUGAUCCCCAUGAUCAAGACCCCAGCUUCUGGUUCGACAAUAUGCAAGACCAUUUGGAUGCAAUAGAUGUAUACAUUGCUCAGUCAAGUGGAAAAGCCACUCAGGCAGAUGAUUGCUGGAAGCCGCCCUCAGCAAAAGACAAGAAAGAAUCAAGGCGCCGUACUGGUCCAGUUCCAAAGAGAUGUAUUCUGAAGCACAAGGAUGAUACCCUCUUUCAGAACCAAAAUGGCAACCUGGUUAGUGCAAUGGUCAUGCAGUCUUACAAAGACGUAGCUGCAUUUGUUGGAUGUUCUGCCUGUGCAGUCUCAAGUGCCAUGGCAGAUUCAAAUGCAACGAGGGGUGUCCUGCUUGAGAUCUGGAAAGUUGAAGACUACACAGAAACUGAAGCAAACAGAAUCAUGUGCCUGACAGUGCACAAUGAGGGAGGGUCUUGUCUAAAACAACAGGCUCAACCAGAAGCCCUGGCAUCUGAGCAGAACAUCUCCCACAACAAUGAUCCUGAAACAAAUCUCUAUUAUAUCAAUAUCAAAGAUAUCACACCAAGUCAAUCUGAUGAGGAAAUGACAUUUGCUUCCUCUUCAGUCCAUCAGUGUCGCCAUCAGUCAGUGGCUCCUGACUGGAACUCAUCUGCUCCUUAUGGGUCACAAUCAUUGAGUGCGGGUGGGAGAUUCAGCACAGGCAGAACAUUGAUGACCCAGUCGAGCAAGAUGGUCAUGGGCUAUGAGGAAGGUUCUGGUGGCGGAACACACACAGCAAGAUCUGGCUACACUCAACCGGAUCCCAUCCAAACGAUGUUAAAAGGUUCCGCAAGGGGUAAGACUCUUGCAAUGAAGCUGCUCCCAAAGACCUCUCAAGGUGGUCUAGCAGCAAAGCUAUAUCAUGUUAGACGGAUUGAUGUGCAGCUAUUUGACAUUGAAGGAGACUGGGUGUUCUCUGCAGGGAUAUGGGGCAACAAAAAUGUCACUAAGAUCACUGGGAUUGGCCGCACGUCAUUACAUAGUGCCGAGCUAGAUGUUGACAUCGAUCGUGGAGAAUGGAAGGUCACAUACCUGGGAAAAGCACAGUCUAGUGACCACAUGAACCAGGAGUUGUUGAGGAAAAUUGAGGCUCUUUCAACUGGGUCCAAUUGGCCUGUCGGUCUUGAGUCCAAUCAACCAUGCCAGGAAUACAAUGGUGAGAACACCCAGGUUCCAUCAAUAUAUGAAGACAGGUUGAGCACAAACAAUCGGUACGGAGUGCCCGCAACAACGGACAUGAAUUUGCUGGAACACAGCCUCGAAUUGGCCCAGCCUAUUGAUUCUGCAGCAGAUUUCAUCUCAUCAGACACUGGAGGUACAAUUGAUACCAGGACAGAAUCUGAGGCACACAGCAAACAACGCCACUCCUUGAGUACCAGGAUGAAAAAGUCAAUCAGAGCCCGUAAUCAAAGGCCUAUGCCAGAUACAGCUCGAGCAAAACAAUCUCUCAACUCUGCAUCAGCAAAGCUGGUGCUUGUGAAACGAGUGGAUGGAAAUAGCUUUACAUAUGAUAAGCAGCAGGUGGACUUUGCUAUCAUAAGCACCAUCAGUGCUGCGAGUGAUUUUCUUGGUACUUCCUAUGUGACUCUACAGCGGGCUUUGCGCAAGAGGGACAGAAGCAAGCGUGUUGUGAGAAAAAUAUGGGAGGUUGAAGAUCUAGGCAAAGCAAAUCCUUCUGCUUGA